AUGGGAAAAGACAAGUUUGAGAAUGAGGAGUUAAUCAAGUACGCUGAUGAAACUGAUAUUUGGUUUCACGUAGACAAAUACUCUUCUGCUCAUUUAUACUUGAAAUUACCUGAAAACUCUGUCUGGGAUAGUCUACCACAGCCAUUGUUAUCGGAUAUUGGUCAAUUGACGAAAGCGAAUAGUAUACACGCUAAUAAAUUGGAUAAUGUUAUCAUCAUCUACACUCCAGUAACUAAUCUCAAGAAGACAGGUGACCUUGACACUGGUACAGUUUGCUUCCACAAUGAUAGGCUCGUUAGAAGGGUCCACAUACCAGCCAAAGACAAUGCAAUAGUAAACAGACUCAAUAAAACAAAAGUGGAAAAACAGGUCGAUUUCGUACAACAAUCAAUAGACAAACAAAGAGAACUCGGUCAGCAGAAGAAGAAGAUCGCUAUCUCGAGGAAACAAGCAGAGCAGGAAGCAAAGGAACAGCACAAGAGGGAUAAAGAAGCGAGAAGUUACACGAAUAUGUGGACAGAGGAGGACUACAACCAGCCUGGACCAGAAGGAAGCGAUAUGGAAGAUGAUUUUAUGUGA